AUGGCCGCCCAAUCAACACUACGCUCGCGGGAGGAUCCCCUCGCCACGCUAUACCAUUACUACCUCAACUUGUUUCGUUCUCGGUUUAAGCGUUCAUCGAAAACAACCAAGCUGAUCGCUACCGCUGCGCUACUGCUCUCGAUCAUAGCAACUGGAUAUGGAGGCUACAAACGACUACGCCAGAGGGCGAAGGAACGCGCCCAGGGCAGACGAUUGUUACGGCGAAACUCCGGAAUUAGGGGAAAGGAUGGUUCUCGCACCAUAUACGUGCCUUACAAAGAUUCUCUGACAUCUAAAGUUACUAUCCACCCAACGAAACCUACGACAUUUGAUGCGCACCGGAGGCUAUUCUUAAACCCCCCAGCUCCAGCUCGCGCUGGAGAUGGCGAAUCCAACCAGAUCCCACCACCGACAACUAAGCCGGGCCUGAACCUCGCUUUCCUUCACCAGUUUCUUAGUCUUGGAAGUAUCAUGGUCCCUAGAUGGGGUAGUAAGGAGACCGGCCUCCUCAUGGGUCAUGGCGUAUUUUUACUGCUACGAACGUACUUAUCGCUGUUAAUUGCAAGGUUAGAUGGCGAGAUUGUGAGAGAUCUCGUUGCAGGGAAGGGCCGAGCGUUUAUGUGGGGUAUUGUUAAAUGGUGUGGCAUUGGCACACUUGCUUCGUAUACGAAUGCCAUGAUCAAGUUCCUGCAGUCGAAGGUGUCUAUCGCAUUUCGAACGAGACUCACCCGGUACAUUCACGAUCUGUACCUCACCGGUGAUGACAACUAUUACAAGUUGAUGAAUCUGGACGGUGGCAUCGGUCAGGGUGCGGACCAGUUCAUCACGCAGGAUCUCACACUCUUCUGCUCUGCAGCCGCAGCUCUGUAUUCCUCCAUGGGGAAACCACUGGUGGAUUUAUUUGUCUUUAAUUAUCAACUGUACCGCUCUCUGGGGCCUUUGGCCCUUAGCGGAAUCCUCACGGGCUAUUUCAGCACUGCAAUUGUUCUGCGCAAACUGUCACCUCCGUUCGGCAAGCUCAAGGCUGUGGAGGGCAAAAAGGAAGGAGACUUCAGAGGGCUUCACUCCAGAUUGCUUGCGAAUGCUGAGGAGAUAUCGUUCUAUGGGGGAGCUGACAUCGAGCGAGUCUUUUUGACGAGAAGCUUCAAGGAUCUUCAGCGCUGGCUAGAGGGUAUUUACAGCUUGAAGAUUCGCUAUAAUAUGCUCGAGGAUGUUAUCUUGAAAUAUUCUUGGUCUGCCUUCGGCUAUCUGAUCACGUCUUUGCCUGUAUUUCUCCCUGCCUGGGGUGGCCUAGGUGGCGCCCUGGAGUUAGCCGAUACACCUGAAACGGUCGGACGAGAACGGGGCCGUAUGAAGGAGUUCAUCACGAACAAACGGCUGAUGCUGUCUCUAGCAGAUGCCGGCGGCCGAAUGAUGUACAGUAUCAAGGACAUUUCGGAACUGGCUGGUUACACCUCGCGUGUCUACACACUGAUUUCGACCCUCCAUAGGGUUCAUGCAGACGCAUAUUACCCUCCACGUGGCUCCCAUGCGGAGUUGUACUCUCUGGCAGAUGCGCAGGGUACCAUCCACAAUGGCUUUGAUGGAGUGCGUCUCGAACAUGUUCCAAUCGUCGCACCAUCUCUCUAUCCUCAUGGUGGCGAUGAGCUUCUUGAGUCACUGUCAUUCGUUGUGCAUUCUGGAGAUCACCUUCUUAUCUCUGGACCGAACGGCGUUGGCAAAUCUGCCAUUGCUCGUAUAAUAGCAGGUCUAUGGCCGGUUUAUCGUGGGUUAGUCAGUCGACCAAGGGGAUUUGGGCUGGAUGGAAUCAUGUUCCUCCCCCAACGACCCUACCUCAGUGUGGGUACUCUGCGUGACCAAGUCAUCUACCCUCACACGGAGGUCGACAUGCGUGACGGAGGUAUAUCGGACGCAGGUCUCCAAAAGAUUUUGGAUGAUGCCCACUUAGGUUACCUCCCUACCCGCGAGGGUGGAUGGGAUUCUCGGAAGGAGUGGAAGGAUGUCCUGAGCGGUGGUGAGAAGCAAAGAAUGGCUAUGGCACGUCUCUACUAUCAUGAGCCCCGUUACGCCUUCCUCGACGAAGGGACGUCUGCUGUCUCCUCGGAUGUUGAGGGCCUGCUGUACGAACGGGCCAAGGAGCGUGGAAUUACGCUCAUCACGAUCUCUACACGUGCGUCUCUCAAGAAGUAUCACACUUACAACCUCACCCUUGGACUGGGCUCCGAAGGGGAACAGUGGGAGUUUGAGCGGAUUGGCACGGCCAAGGAGAAGAUGAAUGUUGAGAAAGAGCUGCAAGAACUUCGUAAGCGGCUGGAUAAGGUUGAUGAAUGGAAACAACGCCGAGAGGAGAUCGAGAGCGAACUACGUAAGGUUUGGGUUGAGGAAGGAGAGCUGGCCCCACCGCCAUAUACAGAAGAGCCGGAGGCAACUGAAAGCCAAGCGGUCGAGGAAUCUUCGAACUAA